AAGAAAAAGUGGGUCAACCCUAGUUUUCAUUCUUUCAUUAAUUAAAACCAUGGUUGGAAAAUAUGCAAUAAAUUAAGAAUAGUUAAUCAAACACUUUAUUUAUAAUUCAUAGUUUAUCCCCCACUACUUCAUAUUCUAUUUACAUAUGCACCAAAUAUUUUCACAUAUACAAAAAAGCUCUGUCCUCUCUCCAAAUUUUGAGGUUUCAGAUUUGUUUUUUAGGGUAAUAAAUGGGGAGGAAAUGCUCACACUGUGGUAUAACAGGUCACAAUUCAAGAACUUGCAAAACUCAGAAAACAAAAAAUGAAUAUGAAAAAAUAAUUAAUCAUGAAGCUGAUCCAACAAAUAUUGGUAUGAUGAAACUUUUUGGAGUAAAGCUUGAAGUACCUCCUUCUUCUUCUUCUUCUUCAUGGAUGAUGAAGAAGAGUUUAAGUGUCGGUUGCCUUUCGAAUUCGUCGAAAAUUUCAUCGUCAAAGGCUGGAUCUUUUAAUUAUUGUGACAUGUCAAAUGGCUAUCUUUCUGAUGUAUUGGUUGGAAGAGCUUCAUAUAAGAAAAAAGUGGAAAUUUCCUUAGGAGUUUCAUGGACAGAGGAAGAACACAGGAUAUUUCUAGUUGGAUUGGAAAAACUUGGUAAAGGAGACUGGAGGGGCAUUUCUAGGAACUUUGUCACCACAAGGACACCAACCCAAGUUGCAAGUCAUGCCCAAAAGUAUUUUCUUCGCCAAAAUUGCCUAAAUAUAAAGAAACGCCGACGGAGUCUCUUUGACAAGGUUGGGAUGGAUAAAUCAAGUAUGUUACUAUUUGAUAAAAGGGUUAUCAAGACAAAAGGAACCAAAUCCAUUUCAUGUGACAAGUCACAUGAUGAUGAUGAUGAAACAAAUAUUUCCAUGAUAAAUUUCACUACUACUUCAUCAAGCAAAGAUUCAAAGUCAAGUAGUCAACAAUAUUCCAAUUUUCCAGUUGAUCUCCCAUUUAUUAAUUCAACUACUUUUACUAGACAUGAUAUUUCAGUUCAACAUUCUCCAGUGCUAGACCUUGAGCUCACACUUGCUGCUCCAACAGGAAAAGGUGGUCUCCUGGCUGGAAGUACAAUUACUGUUGUUUGAGUUUAAAAAAAAAAAAAGAAGAAAAAUCUACUCAUCAUAUUUCAUUUAUACUAUUAACAAAUUAGGAGAUUGAUUAAGUAGAUAUCUAUAAAAAUAAUCAUUUAUCUAGACUAAUAUGUAAGUUGUAACCUCAUAAAUAUAUGCGCUGCCAGCAUCACCCUUGGUCCCCCCACCCAACUUACCAUAAAUACAUUUUUUUAAUUCCAUUUUAAAUUUUAAAUGUUUCAUGAGUGAUAAAAGACAUG